UUUCAUUUACUUCUUUGCAGGAUUUUUCUGGUAUAUCGCCCUUGCUUAAUUUAUUACCUCAAAGUCAGAGGAUUAUCUCCUGGAGUUUAAAAAUGUAUGUGGUGGAGAGCAAAGGAGGUGCCAUUGUGUGCAUGUUGCUUGCCUUGUUAUUCUUGGGCACAUGGCCUGCUGUUAUGACUCUCCUAGAAAGGCGAGGUCGUCUUCCUCAACAUACUUAUCUUGACUACUCGAUCACUAAUCUCUUGGCUGCUGUCAUUAUUGCUUUGACAUUUGGGGAGAUAGGCAAGGGCACGCCUACUGCACCAAAUUUUUUUACUCAACUUUCUCAGGAUAACUGGCCCUCUGUUUUAUUUGCAAUGGCGGGUGGGGUGGUGCUCAGCGUUGGUAAUCUGUCUACACAGUAUAGUUGGGCUUUAGUUGGUUUAUCAGUGACAGAAGUGAUUUCUUCAAGCUUAACUGUUGUUAUAGGCACAACCAUGAAUUACUUUUUAGAUGAUAAAAUCAAUAGAGCUGAUAUUCUUUUCCCUGGUGUUGGUUGCUUCUUGAUUGCGGUUUGUCUUGGCUCUUUUGUUCAUGCAUCCAAUGCAGCUGACAAUAAGGAAAAGCUCAAAAGUUUGUCCACUGAAGGUACAGGUUUUUCCACUUCUAAAGAAACACUUACAAAUGAUGUAGUUAGAGAGAGUGAUGUCGAAAAUGGAAGCAGUUCUGCAGACAAGGCCAGAGCUGGAACUGCAGGUUUCCUCAUAGAACUUGAGAACAGAAGAUCAAUUAAGGCUUACUUGUCAGACUGGAAUGGCCGAGGCUGGGCCUUUUUGGCUGGGUUCUUGUGUGGGUUUGGAAAUGGUCUUCAAUUUAUGGGAGGUGAAGCAGCAGGAUAUGCAGCAGCAGAUGCUGUUCAGGCACUUCCACUUGUGAGCACCUUUUGGGGCAUUCUUAUCUUUGGAGAGUAUCGGAGAUCAUCACGAAAAACGUAUAUACUUCUUGUCAGCAUGUUGUUUAUGUUUGUUGUAGCUGUUGGAGUUCUUAUGGCAUCAUCAGGGCAUAGAAAAUAAGUUUGCAGUUGGGGAAGUCAUUGUCUGGAAAUUGUAUA